ACUCCUUUUGUUCUCAAAUCUUUUCAAUAUGCAUCCUUCCAUCCCUUUGAUCAUCUCCUUUCUUUCUCUUCUCCUCUUCAUAAACAUAUCUCAAGGAAUUCGUUUGGAGGAACACUCCUUGAAGUCUUUCUACAUGAAAAGCAAAGUAGUGAGUUUCUCAGGAGGAGAAAGAAAGCUCAUGCAAACAAAAAGCUCUGAAGAUCAUUCUGAAGUGAAAUCAAUGGAGGUUCACGUUGAAAAGCAGAUCAAAGAACACGGGCAUUUGCCGACGAAGACUUAUACCGAUGAGCUAGAUAUUGCAGAAAUGGAUUAUUCUCCUGCAAAGAGAAAGCCUCCAAUUCACAACUGAGUGUGUUUGUGUUUUUUUUUUAAUCAAUUAGAACAAACACAGCACAAGAAAAGAGAUGAAUAGUGUAGUUUAGACAGCAAUGCUUGAAAUGCUGCAGUUUUCUUGGUUCAUGUCCCAUUUUGUGUAGAUACU